AUGGUGAAAUGGUGCUUGAAACGAGGUGCAAACGUUGACUGUCAUUAUGAAGAUAUGCUGACACCACUGCAUAUAGCUGCAGAGAAAGGUCAUGAAGAAAUGCUUGAUAUUCUUCUCAAACACAGCAACAAAUGUAUUGACUUGAAAACAUUGUUUGGAGACACAGCACUUCUGAUUGCCACACAAAAUGAACAUAAAUUGAUUAUGAAAAAACUAUUAGACAAAGGAGCAAAUGUGAACUGUACAGACAUUUUUGGCAGGACGCCUUUACAUGUGGCUGUUUUUAAAAAGAAAUCUGGCAUUGUAAAAAUAUUGAUAUCUUAUGGUGCAAGAGUCAACACUAUGGAUACGUUUGGGGAACAUGCACUAUGUACAGCAGUCAUUACGUCCCCAAAUCCACCUGUCACAUAUGCCCUUCUGAAGAAUGAGGCAAAUAUCAACUGCAUUAACAGUCAAGGAAUGAGUCUGCUUUCUGAAGCUAUUCUAUCAGCAAACACAAAAUCAAGUAUUGAUGCAAUAAAAAUGCUGUUGCGUCGUGGGGCAAGUGUAAACAUGCGCAACACUAUCAAUGGGCAGACACCUCUACAUGUUGCUGCACAGACUGGCAAUCAGCCCAUUGUUGAGCUCCUGGUAGCAUCAGGAGCUGAUACAAAAGUAAAAGACCACCAUGGCCGUACACCCCGAGAUACAGCUAAACAGUAUGGUCAUCAUGAACUUGUUGAGAAGAUGAGAGCUGUGCGUUUCAUAAAUCCUGUAAGGCUGUCUUCAACCCACAGUCACAAAGAAAGAAAUAAUUAA